CCACAACCACAAGCUUGAGCUUUUGGUUGAGUUGGUUCCUUUUCAUGGUAUCAAAGCGGUAGAUCUGGUCCGAUCGAAACACCAUGGCCGAGAUAUCAUCGGAAAACCCUUUUUCAAAAGGCUCCGGCGAAGAAGAAAUCAUAAAGGUAAGCCCUUAUGAAUUAAAAUCAGCGGAUACCCCCGCGUUGGUGAUUACACAGAUCAAAUUAAGUGGAGACAACUACGAAGAAUGGGCACGGGCCGUGCGCAUCGCACUCCGUGCCAAGAGGAAAUUUGGCUUCGUCGACGGGUCGAUUCCCUUGCCUGAAGACGACGAAGAAAAAGCUGAGGAAUGGUGGAUCGUGAACGCCAUGUUGGUGUCUUGGAUCUUUAACACCAUUGAUGGUUCACUCCGAAACUCCAUCACACAAGUCGAAGAAGCUGCCCAAUUAUGGAACGACAUCCGAGAACGGUUCUCGGUGGCAAACGGACCGUGUGUCAACCAGCUCAAGAAGGAACUGGCGAAUUGUAGACAGAAUGGGCAACCCAUUGCCUCUUAUUUUGGCCGAAUGAAGAGCAUAUGGGACGAGUUGGGAAGCAUUGAGAAACUGCCUGUAUGCGCGAAAUGCCGUGCGUGUAAGUGCGGAACCAUCAAGAUGAUCGAAACACAAAAGGAGGAUGAGAAGGUGCACCAGUUCUUAAUGGGCCUCGAAAAUGAUGGUUAUAGCAGCGUACGCUCUAACAUUCUAAGCACAAUUCCGAUCGCUCCUCUCAACCGUGUCUAUUCAACAAUUAUACAACAAGAAGGCGUUCUCAAAGUGACCGCCCAAGAAGAGGAGAAAAACACAGUCAGUUUUGCCGUGGUUGAUCGUGUGGAUCGGGAUCGCCACGAGGACAAAACAGCGGACGAGGAGGAGCCCGAAACGGUAGCGGAGGAGGACGGCAAGGGGGCGGCAGAACUGGGACGCCGGGCGGACGAAGCAACCGGACCACUGGAGCUGGUUUCGGAGUUACUGCCGCGGCUCACACAGCCCGUACAGAGAAGGGAAACAGUGAAAACGACGGGUUCACAUCCGAGCAAUGGAGCACUUUGAUGAACCUGUUGAAAGAAAAGGAUAUUCCUCUAGAAAACAAAUUUUCAGGUAAUAUUACUACCUCUUGGAUCAUAGACAGUGGCGCAAGUCAACAUAUGACGGGGAACGAGGAAUUUUUGACCGACAUUGAGCACAUAAAACAUUGCUCCGUUACCCUUCCAGAUGGUGAAAGUGUUGCUGCCACUAAGAAAGGCCGUGUGAGGCU